UACAAAAUAUACCCGUGCUACUUAAGAUCCAGGGUCGCAUAUAGGCAAUUUGCUAGUAGGUGGAGUUAAAUCUUUUAAAAAUAAUUUUUUUAUAUAUUUAUAAUAUGUUUACAUGCAAUAAUUGAUCAAUUAUGAAAAAUACAAUAAUGUAGAAUAUGUAAAAUGCUGGAAUAUGGAAAAGGCGAUGUGCAAAUCUUUGCUGGAGUCGCAAGACAAGAAAGGCUGUUUUAAAUCUAUAGCCGUGAAGGCGCUGUAUAAAUUGUGUAAACGUCUCAGCCCACGGUGCGUUCAGUUAUAAAGGUGUUAUUCUGGCGGAAAGCGCGUCGGUUGGUUUGCGAAGCGAUGAGAGAGACGUGACGAAAGCGGAAUAUGAUGAUGAUGAUGAUGAUGAUGAUGAUGAUGAUGAGAACAUCAGCGCGACUCGAGUCUGACGACAGCAGAGUUUCGCCUUUCACACGAGGGGGAAAAAAAGUUGCAGGAUCUUCCAGAAGAAGCUUCGAGCUUAAACGACAUCGAGAUCUCGAGACCGUCACAGCAAAAGCCGAGCGUUAGCGGAGCAGGAGCUGUUAUUUCAUUCAAAAGUCUCGUCAUUUAUGGAUCCGCGGUGACCUGAUGCGUGAACCAAACUUCCAGAGCAAGAAUCAGUGAUGGCAUCUUACCAUAGCUUAGAUGAUGACGCAAUGGCUUUGAUGGUCCACGACACGAACGCGGUGAAGAAGGAAGAGUUCGCGAAGGACGAGCCGGUCCAAGAGCCGAGUUCGGAGAAGGUGGAUCCGUCUCAGAAGCCGCCGUACUCGUACGUGGCUCUGAUCGCCAUGGCCAUCCGGGAGAGCUCGGAGAAGAGGCUGACCCUCUCCGGCAUCUACCAGUACAUCAUCACCAAGUUCCCCUUCUACGAGAAGAACAAGAAGGGCUGGCAGAACAGCAUCCGACACAACCUGAGUCUCAACGAGUGCUUCAUUAAAGUUCCCCGGGAGGGCGGCGGGGAGCGCAAGGGCAACUACUGGACGCUGGAUCCGGCCUGCGAGGACAUGUUCGAGAAGGGCAACUACCGGCGCCGGAGGCGCAUGAAGCGGCCGUUCAGGCCGCCGGCGGCUCACUUCCAGCCGGGCAAGUCUCUCUUCGGCGGCGACGGAUACGGCAGCUACCUCCCCGCGCCCAAAUACCUCCAGUCCGGCUUCAUGAACAACAGCUGGCCGCUCGCGCAGCCGCCGCCGCCGAUGAGCUACGCGUCGUGCCAGAUGGCCAACGGCAACAUGGGUCCCAUGAAAGGACUGUCCGCUCCGUCCUACAACCCCUACAGUCGAAUGCAAGCCAUGGGCCUGCCGAACAUGAUGAACUCGUACAGCGGCAUGGGGCACCACCAGCACCAGGCGCAGCAGCAGCAGCCCUCGCCGGUCCCGUCCAACUCCGCGGCCGCUCUGCAGUUCACCUGCUCCCGGCAGCCGGCCGAGCUCUACUCGUACUGGGACCACGAAGCCAAAAACUCCUCGUUACACUCGCGGAUUGACAUUUGAAACGUGGGAAUGUGCGAAAGGGACUCGGAACUGGGCGCAGGGUCUGUUUUACGCAUCCAGCAAGGUAAACAGGGUAACUUUUGUUGCUGAAGAACAAACACAGAUCUGAACUAUCUCAGUCCCUAGAUGUUCUGGACUGCAUGGAUAAAUGUUUUUUUUUUUGAAAUUCUGAAUCAGUAGUUUUGAUUUGAUCGCUUCGGGAUAAACACGUUUUACAAAAAUGCCUUCAGUUUCGUGAUCGAAAAUUCAUUUGAGGACGGUGUAGAAAGAAAAAACGUUUGAAAGAUUGUUUGGGACCAUUGUGAUUUUUACAUUUUGGAUUGUCAAGCCAGCACUUACUAUUUUCUAUUUGCUUUCAAUAAACUGUUUUGAUUAAAAUGUCUUCGACACUCGAUACGAUGAACACUGAAAAAGUGCAAUGAGUGCACUCUUAAAAAUAAAGGUUCUUUAUUGGCAUCUAUGGAACCUUUCUGCUCUUUAUAGUGGAAUACAGAGUAUUCAAAUAUUCUUCACACUAAGAAAAAAAUGGUGUUUUUAAGAAUGAUCACCGAAAUGUUAUUUGAGGAACCCAAAUGGUUCUUCUGAAAAAAAAAAAAAAAAAAAAAACAUUUGGACCCUUUAUUUUUACGAGUGUAUUCUUUAUUUUUGUAUUUUAGAACGAGUCUUUCGUGUCAUUUUGAUAUGGAAAGAUUAGAAAAUUACAGAUUUUUUUCAUAAAGAUCUUUUCAAAUCAAGGUACUCAUAAUUCGAAGGACAAGAAAGAAACUAGAUGUGAGAAGGUUCAGUAUGUGCUGUUAAUAUACACAUUUUACAAAUUAAGAGAUAAAAAAUGACCUCAAAACUCGCUGUAAAAUUAGAAAAACACCCGAUUAUUCGUUCUUCUGGCGGAGGAUUUGUUUCUGAUUAUUAAUCAGUGUAAAUGUAACUGUAAGGGCCGUUAGCUGAUGACAAUCUUCAAUUCUGAUCUUCAAUUCUGUUUCAUUUCGUUCGUGUGAACAAACAGACGUAAAUAAACUCAAUUCAAAUAAUGCAUCAGUGUUUAUAGUGUUCUGUCACAUUCUCUAGAAUUAAAAAAAACAAGUCUUGUUUUAAAAAUCUGUUUUGAAUUUUGAUUUAAAGAAACGAUGUUUGUUUACAAAAAAAAAUAAUAAAGAAGAAUUGGUCAAUAAACAGUUUUUUUUUUUCGUUCCAACAGACACGAAAAAUCUGUUCUCGUGAACUACAUCAGUUGUUUUUAUAUUUUGUAGAUCAUUUAGUCUUUAUUAUUUCCAGUAAACAAACCAAAAAACUUACGUUUUUUAAUCUUUCUUUUAUUCAUUGCAUUUGAUUUCAGUCUAUCUGCUGGUUUUGGCUUUUCAUAAAAUAAUAGGCCUGUAUGUCUCAUAAAUACAUUAAUUCGUUUCUUGAAAAUCGAAUUUAUUACGUUUGAAUAAAAAAUGAAAAUUAAAUCGUGUAAUAUAGGGCUAUUAUCGUAUGAGAAUAAUAGGCCUACAUUAAAAAUAAAUCUAAAAAUAACAUGGGUUAAAAUACAAUUACAGUGUUUGCAAGUUAUAAAAGUGAUUUCAAACAGCACGACAGUCUGAAGGAAAGGCCAUUAUUUUUGUAUGUAUACUGUACUAAUGUUGGCAGUGAGUGUCUUUCAUUCCUUCAUACUGUGAUCGAGGCCUGAUUUAAUGAAAGUUCAUGAGAAAGCUCGUCUGAAUCGCUCUCAUUCCAGCCGCUCCAUAUUUUCACAUCAGAAGAAAACAACAGCUGAAAAUCCUGUAGUGAGACUAAAACCGAAGCAAACGCGAAUUACACUGCAGUUCACCGCCUGGAAAUUAAUGAUGCAUGUAAAACAUGUUUUUUAUUAUUGUUUGUUUGCUUUUGUUACAGUAACUAAUCAUGCAAAUGUGCAUCUUCUCAGAUGUAUUGCCUUAUUUGUAAACGACAGCCAGACGGUGUUUUUAUGACUUUAUAACAAUAGUAAUACUGAAAGCUUUUUUUAUACAUGUCUGAUUUGCAAAUGAACAGAAAGCUACAAAAUACUGACAAAUAACAAUCACUCAUUAAAAUGCAUAACCGUUCAAGAUCAUAAACAUAUUUCAGACUGUCCGUGAAAAGCUUGCAUUAAAAAAAAAAACAAUGUUAAUUUAUAAUCUUUUAAAAGAUACGCAUUCAUUAUGUUUUAUUAAAUCUCUUCUGCAUUUUAAAAUGCGCUUCACUUCAGCUGAUUUUUGCAUUUCACACUGAUUCUAUUAAAUUAAAUGGGCUGAUCAAUUUUUAUCUCACUGCAAACGGAGUCUGAAUUUCCGCUGAUAGAAGCUUUGCCUUCAGAUUCCGGCAAUUGUGCAAAAACUGUAAAGGCGAACACAAAAACGGCUCAAACCACACACGUUUUUGUGCAAUAAUUUCUACAGCUGUAAAGGCCCGAGUGUCACGUGACUGACGGUGAACACGUGAUGUAAAUUAACCCACCUGUCAGGAAUUGUUAGAAAACA